AACAUGGCGGUGUAAAAAACAGUGAGGUCUUGUUGCCAUGUGAAGUUUUAAGAUGUUUGUGAUAUUUUAAGCUUUAAUUGAAUUAUCUGUGACGUAUGUCGUAUGUGCGUAGCUCGUUUAAACCAUACUGACUCUGUUGAACGGAUUAUAGUUUAAAAUUUAGUCAACGAUACCGUGAAACGAACUUUAAACCUUUACAUCCCUGCAACAUGGCAGCCGUUCAGUCACAAGAGAAGGUGCCUAAAGCAGCUGUGAAGAAUAAAGCUCCCAAGAACCCCAAAUUUAAAGAAACAUUCUGUAUUGUGUGUCGCCGCCAUUAUUUUACAAAUGAGGCACUGGAGCAUAUGCAUUGCCUGCAGCAUCACAGGAUGCUGCGGAUAGUGCUGGGCAAGGAUGCCGUCCAUAAUUGCCAGGCAUGCAAGAAGAAAUUUUUUUGUUUAAAUGAGUUUGCCAGUCACCUCCUAAUGACUCCACACAUAAAAAAUUUUGAGAACUUGAGGACCAAAAAUGUCAAGCCUGCCCCCCUGUCGUAUAGUCUGAGCGCCAAGGCCAUCACCAAAAUCCUGGACAGAAACAGAGAACUGAAGAGAGAGCAGAAGAAAACUAAGAAUAAACAAACGAAGAAACAGAAGCAGGAAGCUGCGCAGCGGCACUCGAUGCAGCCCAAUGGCACCAGGACAAAUACUUUGGUGCACCAAGAAGCGACGCAGGGGAAUUUCACACAAAAACAGACGAGGACGUCGCAACAGAGUCAGAAAGCUCAGAGCAGUGUUGUUGUUCAAAACAAAGAGAACAAAAUAUCUAGAGUGCAACAACCUCAUGACUACAGCGGAGCACCUUUUCACAAUGCAGGCUGGAGACCACAUUAUGACAGUGGACCGUUUGGGGGUCAUCCUCCUCAGUACUGUCAGGCUCAGUUCGCCCCACCAGCUCACCACCCGAGGUUUCAUUCUCCGUUUGGCAACAACCAGUUCAGUUACAGAAACGCCCAAAAUUACAGAUUUAACUCUCCCCCACCGAACGCGUUGCCUGCAGUCAGCCAGUAUAACUACAACACCCAGUAUGCAGGUAACGCCUUCACCAGUGACUGCCUCCCUGACGACGGAGCGAUCCUGUUUGAUGGCAACCAGAGCACAAACAUGGAGUCCUCUCAGCAGGAAGGUUCGAGCCGCUCUGCUCCACCUGCUCCGAUGAGCGCGCCCGCCAGCGCCGCUCCUAUCCGAGAGAAGGACAUCAGCGCCAUGCUGAAGCAGAUCAGGAAAGAGCUCGGAGUGCGGGAGCCGUGCCGAGCGGACCGAGAAGCCCGGAAGCAGAGCAGCGAGGCCGGCGGGGGAGCUGAUGGGAGCGGAGCGCUGCAGACGGCGGAGCAGUCGGCCGACGCUGCUGCCCCGCAGGCGGGCACCUCCGCUGCUCCGCCCGGCACCGCUCCUGGUGAAUCCAAACAGACGAGUCAGCUCUUCAAGAGUUCGGCAGCAGAGGGACGAGUGAAGAAGGAAGGAGAAGCUCUGGUGGCCAAAGACGCAUCAAGUUCUCUCAAGAGUCCAGCCUUUGAGCCCAACUUGAACCCCCCUCGUAAAGUCAGAAUCGCCCACAAAGCAGCUCAGGGGGAGAAGUUCACGCCGCGUAAACCGGUUCUGGACAAGUUGCUCAACUCGUCAGAAACCAGGAGCCAAUUAAACAAGAAGAUGGCGCACAGCCAGAGGAAAAGGAAGAACGUUAAAGACAAGUUCAAGACCGGGCUGGUCAGCCUUUCCACCUGCAACGAACCCGCUUCACCCAACGCCCAUCCCUCUCUGUCGGAGGGUUUCCACUGGGCGUCGGUUUCAGACGCUCCUCAAGCCCCGCCUCCUCCGAGUGACGCCGACACGUCAUGGAUGCUUCCUCGGGUCCAGGCGCCCCGCAGCUACCAGCUGGUCGAAAAGGUUUGCGUUAAAAAAGAACCAAACGCGGAGGACGAGACGGGACGCACGAGGGAAACGGAUAUUAGCACCGGCAAAAGGAAAUGUAGAAAGACGACAGGUGAUGGUGUUUCAGAUGGGAAAAAGACAAAAACCACGUCAAACAAGGACCAGAGUCGAAUGGACCAGCUGUUGGCCGUCUCGCUGAAGGAAGACGAGUUGAGUCGUUCGUUGGAGGAUUUGGACGUAUCUCUGAUCGAGGCCCGCAACGCCCUGCAAGCAGCAUACGCAGAUGUCCAAAGACUUCUGCUCCUGAGACAGCAGUUUUCUGCUGAGAUCAACAGUCUGAGAGCAAAGCGCAUUGAGAUCCUGCAGGGAUUGCAAGAAGGUUACUGUGAAGCGUCCCACUCAGCCUCCUCCUCCUUGAUUCAGCAGCCCCCCGCUGCAGCCCCAUCGUCGUCCACCGCCCACCCUCUUCCGGUGCCGCUCACAGUGGCGGCAGCGUUAAAACAGGAAGUCAGCCGUUUUGCCUCAGCCGAGCAGGCCUUUCCAAGAGCUGCCAAUUCACCUCAGGUCCCUCUGAUCCAACUCGCCUCCUCGUUUCCCGCCAACGUACUGUUCCAACCGUCCCACCCGCCCACCCCCACAGCUUCCUUUGCUCAACAAAUAACAGCCGAAAGCUGCCCACCAGUGCUGUCCCCCGUCCCCGAAUCGUCCACAGGCGGGCAGCAGCAACAAGAGGCGGGGCUCGGACCGAAGCGCUGCACGCACACAGAGGCGUCGGCCAAAACGUCGCAACCAUCUGAGGGCAUAUCAGAGGCGGAGCCUGCUGGAAACCUGAGCAAAGAUCGGGUUGAAUUCGAGGAGCCCUCAGCAAACGGCAGAAAGCAUAAAGCGGCUGAGGAAAACGACGAAGGCAGCGAAAGCGACAGCUCCGUGGAGAUGAUCGAUCUCUCCAACCAGGAGGUCAUCGACAUCGACGGAUCGGACAGCGAGAGCCCAGCGGACACGGAACCUGCCGUGCAGCCCGAGGCUCCACAGAGGUCCGUCAGCACGGAGCUCAGCUGUGCGAGCACUCAGACUUCGCAGGAAAACGAACCCGAGAGCAAAUUUCAGCCUUCAGUCGAUUCAAGAAAAGAUGCCGGCACCCCGCCAGAUUCCGUUGAGGAUGAAGAGCCGUCUUUGGGAUCCUUCUCCAGUCACUCCGGCGCCGUUCAUGGCCUGCAGGUUCACGACGGGCUGCUGUACACGUGUUCGGGGGACAACACGGCUCGAGUCUACAACCUCAUGACCAGAGAGUGCGAAGGCAUUUUUUACGGUCACACCAACAAAAUCAACUGCCUGCUGGUGUCGUCGGGUCGGAACACGCAGGCCCGCCUCUACACCGGAUCCAGCGACGAGACCAUCCGCUGUUACAACAUAACGUCUAAGAAAUGUCUGCAGAAGAUCUCCCUUCCAGACAGGGUGCUGUGUUUGCACACGGCUUGGAGCAUUUUGUAUGCUGGGCUCGCCAAUGGAUCGGUCAUCAGCUACGAUCUAAAGAGUCUGAAAAAGCUGGACGUGUUCGAGUGCCACGGCCCCCGAGGGGUGAGCUGCCUUGGCACGGCUCAGGAGGGCGCCAGGCGGCUGCUGCUGGUCGGUUCGUACGACAACACCAUCAGCGUCCGCGACGCCAAGAACGGCCUGCUGCUGCGCUCGCUGGAAGGUCACACCAAGACCGUGCUCUGUAUGAAGGUGGUGAACGAUCUCGUCUUCAGUGGCUCCAGCGACACGUCGGUCCACUCUCACAACAUCCAUACGGGUGAGCUGGUUCGGAUCUACAAAGGUCACAGUCACGCCGUCACAUCCAUCGUCAUCCUGGGUAAAGUGAUGGUGACGGCCUGCCUGGAUAAACUGAUCCGGGUUUAUGAGCUGCAGUCCCACGAUCGCCUGCAGGUGUACGGGGGUCACAGUGACAUGGUGAUGUGUAUGGCUGUUCACAAGAGUGUGAUUUACACGGGCUGCUACGACGGAACAGUUCAAGCUGUGAAGCUCAACCUGUUGAAGAACUACCGCUGCUGGUGGCAGGGCUGCUCUCUGAUCUUCGGCGUCCCGGAGCACCUUUUUCAUCACCUCACUCAGGAUCACAGCAACCCAAAUCUGCAGACGGCGAAGUGUCGCUGGAGGGACUGCAACAGCUUUUUUGCCACACAACAGGCCGUUAGACAGGAUCUGCCAGAACACAUGCAGAGCCACGUGGAGAACGACAGCAAACAGCAACCUUGACGGUAAAGGAAGUGAAAGAGCAGAACAAUCAAAGACUCAAACGUUUUGACUACAAGAUGUUUUAUUUGUUUGUUUUGAAGACACUGUCAUUAUUCCAACAGUGUUUUACUUCUGACAGAAAAAAAAUGUCCUGAAACUUCUGAUUCUCCCAUGAUUCCUAUUUGAAGCUGUUUUCUGUUUCAUAGUGAAAAUAAUUUAUUGCUCUACUUUGGGAUCUGUCAGUUGAGACGUUUUCCAAAUAUCACUGUGAAGAAUGUGUAAUAUGCAGCCAAACAGUCUUUAAAGCCGAUUUUUACAUAAAGCCAGCGCCAACAAACACGUCGAGGCUUUCGUGAAGCAGAAUUUACCAUCAGCUGAAACAGGAGUCGACUUGAUUCUGGAGUUUUUGUGUAAAUUAAGAAGAUUCUGGAUGAACUGAAAUGAAAAAAAAAAAGCAUUUCUUUUAAACUUCUUUGUCCCAAGUUUGUGCCUACAUUACCCAUAAUGCAAUGCUGCCAUCAAACAUUAAAAUUUGUGCAUAAGCUUCAGUUUUCCAACAUUUAAGUCUAAAUUCUUCUUAAAUCCGGAAUGUAAUUAACCUUGUUUUUCUAUAACUUUUUAUUUAUAGACUUUGUUUGAAAUCCUCACGUCUUUUUCUUUCUGAAGUUCUCAUCUUGUAAUUUUUUAUUUUUAUUUUUUCCUACAUUUCAAAUCAAAUUAUUCCAGAUG